GGACAGCAGUGGCCAAGGCCAGCGGGCAGUAGCCAAGGCCAGGGGGCAGCUGCACCCCUCCAGUGGGGCACAGUUCAGUCCCCAGUGGGUCCAGGGAGCCAUGCAGAGGGCCCUGCUGCGGCCCAGCUCAGCCUUGUGGAGGUCAGUCUCCAUGGGCAGCAGCAGCAGGGCGGCCCCCCGGGACCUGCUGGCCAACAAGGUGGCCCUGGUCACCGCCUCCACGGACGGGAUCGGGUUGGCGGUGGCCCGACGGCUGGGCCAGGACGGGGCACACGUGGUGCUGAGCAGCCGCAAACAGAAGAACGUGGACCGGGCCGUGACGGCCCUGCAGGCCGAGGGGCUCAGCGUGUCGGGCACCGUGUGCCACGUCGGGAAGGCCGAGGACCGGGAGCGGCUGGUGGCCACGGCCCUGGAGCGCUACGGGGGCAUCGACAUCCUGGUCUCCAACGCGGCCGUCAAUCCUUUCUUUGGGAGCCUGCUCGAUGCCUCCGAGGAAGUGUGGGACAAGAUUCUGGAUAUUAACGUGAAGGCCACGGCUCUGCUGGUGAAGGCAGUGGUCCCUGAGAUGGAGAAAAGGGGCGGCGGCUCUGUGGUCAUCGUAUCCUCCAUUGCAGCCUUCGCCCCCUUUCCUGCUCUGGGCCCUUAUAACGUCAGUAAAACAGCCUUGCUGGGUCUGACGAAGAACCUGGCCCUGGAGCUGGCCCCAAGGGGUAUCCGAGUGAACUGCCUGGCCCCGGGGCUAAUCAAGACCAACUUCAGCUCUGUGUUCUGGAAGGACCAAGCUGCAAAGGCUAGCAUCCUGGAAGCCAUGAAGAUCAGCAGGCUUGGAGAGCCGGAAGACUGCGCCGGAAUCGUGUCUUUCCUCUGCAGCCCUGAUGCCAACUACAUCACGGGCGAGACCGUGGUGGUGGGCGGAGGAACCCCCUCGCGACUCUGACGGGGGCAAAGCAGGGCCUGGAGCUUGGACGUCUGGGUCCUGGCCUUGGGACUUGGCCAUCGGCCUUCUUUUCCGCCCAGCCCACUGCUGCCGUCACCAAAAGAUGAAUAAAUUCUUACAAGUUGUGUAGCG